AUGCACCCUCAAGCAGUUCCAACUGGUGAGGUUCAAUCCCUUUCAAGGCAAUCCACCCUUGAUAGCAGCCUUGCCCUGAAAGCGCCCAUGUUUACCAAGGCAGGGCUUCUGGAGUAUAUCAUGGAGCUUGUUGUGACCGAGGAUGAGGCAUUGCAGCUCAUCAACAAACCAGCCUUCUGCAACUUACUUUGUUAUGUCUGCCCCACCCUUGCUGAAAGUGAUGUGCCUCACUGCAUGAAACUUAUGGAGACUAUUAAGGCCCGUGCAGUGGAGGUGGUCAACAUCAUUUAUGAGCAUCUUGCAAAGGUAGUGUUAAGGUCGUACUCAAGGGUUAACAGAUCCUAA